AUGAGCAUCCACAUCGGACACAAGCAGUUCAUGUGCCAGUGGUGUGGCAAGGACUUCAACAUGAAGCAGUACUUUGACGAGCACAUGAAAACACACACAGGUGAGACACACAGUGAACACACACCUGUUUACACUCACACACUCACUGAGGAAUUUGAGUGUGACACAAACGUGCAAUUACAAAGCACAUCCUCAAGGACUUAUUCCUAUAAAAGCCUUAACUUUUUCCUGUCAUAGAAAUGUUUGAAACCAAAUAUUCAGAAACUAUUCUUCCAAUAAUGUUAGAAGCCAGACGUCUUCAUUCUUAAACAUUCGGAAAUGCUCCCUGACCAUAGCCAUCCCAUUUACUGGAGAGUGCAUGGCCUUCAGUCUUGAUCCCUAGUCAGCCAGUGAUUCUCCGUAGAUGCUCUAUAAAAGGAAAGAAACAGGGCGUCCCAAGACGAGCAGUACCGAGACCUCGCCCAGUCUAUAUAAUGAGAGGUGGUGCCUCUCCUCCAUGUCUACUUAUAAUGACUACCCUGACACAUGCUAUAUUACAUCUUACGUUUUCUCCCCUGCCACUUUUCUCCUUUCCAAAGCAAAACAUAGGGACCAGGCCUUGUUCUUUUUCUGUCUUUUUUAUUUAAUUUCUCCCUCCCUAGUGUGGGUGGAUUCCCUGCACUCUGCCCUGGUGGUUCUUUUUGUAAGUUGUAAUUAUUUUACCCCUCUCCUCUCCCGGCCGCCGCUGACCAAUUUAGCCUCCUGUGGUCGGAGACACACCCAGUGAUGCCUUGGCACACACUUCUUCUUCUCCUUCUUGUUCUCUUCUCCUUCUUCUUCUUCUGCUUCCUCCCCCCAAGGUUGAUCCUUUCCUCUGGAACGUACCUACUUCACGAAAGUUGCAGAACAUUAACAAAAGGCUCCAGUAUAAUUUGUCACAAUUAAAUUAUUCGCUGUCAUACUGUAAAUGGUUUACCGGAGCCUCUCAGAAAACAUGUAGCUCAGAUUAAAGCCGAGAGAUGCUUUGAGUAUGCUGUGAAUGAGUGUACGGGGGUGGUAACGGGCACAUUGAAUGAAAGGUUAAUGAGAGCAGCUCUCGAAUGGAGAUCCGCUGUUCAUUUUCACAUCUCCUCUUAUCCCAAUGUGUGAACUGGCAUCGCUGCCUGCUGAGUGGGUGGGUUGACAGCAAUGACCCCUAAAACUCUCCUACAUUGUCUGAGUGAAAAGUUAACUUCUUCAUGUAGUUCAGAGAGGUUUAAUUAGCGCAGGACAAGUGUUGCCAGGUGGUAUAUUAUUAUUUUCAUGCGUGAAGUUCUGUGACGUGUGAAAGUUAAACUAAUUAGGGUGAUCUAGUCCCUGAAUCUCCUAUCUAUCCCCUCUCUCUCUCUCUCCUUUCUCUCUGUCCCUGGUCCCUUGCAGGAGAGAAGCCGUUCAUCUGUGAGAUCUGUGGGAAGAGCUUCACCAGCCGACCCAACAUGAAGCGCCACCGCCGCACCCACACAGGAGAGAAGCCCUACCCCUGCGAUUUGUGCAGCCAGCGCUUCCGCUUCUCCAACAUGCUCAAGGCCCACAAGGAGAAGUGCUUCCGGGUCACCAGCCCUGUGACCCUGCAGGCCAGCGGCCUCCCCCUACCUCUCCACCUCUCUGCCAAUGCCUCCUCCUCCUCUGGCCCCGGCCCGGGCCUUGCCCCCUCAGCUGCCACCACCUCCGCCCCUCUGGGCCUCAGCCCGGCAGGGGGGGCUCUUCCCCCACGCACCCCCGUGGGACACGCCACCUUCUCCCACCUGCACUUGUCCCCCUCUCACCAUCUCCCUCACCACCACACGUCGCAACAGCAGCAGCACCACCCCGGCACGCCCCUGCAAGCGCCCCCUCUCCCCCACCACCACCUUGCCUGUGCCCCCUGUCUCCCCUCCCCCCGCCCUCUUCAAGAGCGAGCCCCUCAACCACUGUGGGCAGGAGGACAGCAGCUACCUGCGCUACAUGGCACCGCAGGACAAGGGCCCCGGGGCCCCCCAGCAUCACUGA